AGGCAGCCCAACUUGUAGCUUCUUUAAACUGGAACUUUAAUUUCAUAUCACUGACGUGAUAAACAUAAUGGAGUAUCUAAAGGAAUUUGUCCUACUCCUCGCAGCUCUGCCAUUCAUAACGCCCAUUGAGGAACUACCCGUCCCGGAGAAACUGUUUAAAUGUUUUGGAAAGUAUACGAACAAUACGGAUAGUGAUGUUGCCGGGGAACUAAUAAGUACGUACUGUAUAAACCAAUUCUUAUGGGUAUCGGGCCGACGAAGUUGGGAUGCUCCCCGCGACAAGAUCACGUACCAAGUCAUACAGAAGCUUUUAACACAGGGAGCUGAUGAACAUAACAGAAGGAAACGAGCGACGGAACCCCUUCGGGUCCGGAAAGAGUACCGGAUGUUGUCUCGGAUGGAGCGUAAAAGGUUCCAUGAUGCAAUGAAAAAGUUAAAAGAAAGAAUACCAAACACACGUACUAGUGUAUAUGAUACUCUGGCUGACAUACAUAAAGGCAAAAACGUUCUUCAUUCGGUACAUGGCGGACCUAACUUCCUGGGUUGGCACCGAGUUUACAUUUACCUACUAGAACAGGCGUUACGUGAGGUAGACGCCAAUGUCACCUUACCAUACUGGGACUGUACUCUGGACUACGAGAUGAAUGAUCCAUCGAAAUCUAUGAUAUUUUCAUAUCGAUUUGCCGGAAAUGGUGACGGAGAUGUAGUCAAUGGCUUCCUUAAAAGAUGGGGAAUAGUGAGAAAUGUUGGAUUAAAUGGUGAUCUGAUGAGCAAGGGGGUCAUGAACCAGAUUCUUUCCCGUCGACGUACACACAGAAUCACAGAGCCUACUGCAAGUGACCAAUAUAACAUUGAGUUACAUCACAACUCCAUCCAUUCUUGGGUCGGUGGAAAUGUAGGUUUUAUGAACACGGCCACCAGAGACCCAUUGUUCUUCCUGAUACACUGCUUCAUUGAUUACAUCUGGUGGCGAUUCCAACAGCGUCAGAUCAAACGAAACAUCGACCCGUCAUCUGACUACCCGAAAGAUUACGGAGUUCAUGCACACCGUCCGAAUGCACACAUGGAGGGUUUCACAGGCUAUCGUAACCGUGAUGGAUAUUCUAACCACUGGACUAGAGAUAUUUAUACAUACCAGUUGUCUCCGAAAUGUCCCGACUGUGGCAAUUCUAUUUGGUUGAAAUGCGUUCGGGGAGUGUGCGUUUCAAAAGCUCAAAAUAGCAAUCGAGAGCGAGCAUCCAAAUCCAGCAUAGCUACACAAACUUCGUCUCUUUCACCACAGGGAAAUAAAGGAAAUGCUUUCGGUGUAGAACAUCAACGAAACACACUACAAGAAGAAGAUUUGGAGGCCAUGGAUAUACCAGCUGAGGACAUGUUAUACGGAAAACCCACUGUACAAAAUACAUUCGAAAUUAAUGGUAAAGCUAGCACCGAUCUGUGGGCGUUUAUGCCAGUGAAGGUUAUCAAUGUAAAUCGGGGCAUCGUAUCUAUAACUCUCACCCAAUAACUGGGUCAUUUAAUGUGGAAUGAUGAUAUAUAUGCAACGUCGAACUCCAAAAAUCUGUCGUCUUUCCUUCCUCAACAUAGUGCUGUAGAAUAUGAGCAUUGUAUGCGGUCUCGAAGUGGAGCUUUGAAAGUGUAUGUCCGUAUAGAUGGUCUGAGCUAUGACGGUCAUUCUGUUGAGCAUGUGCUGACCGACGAACGCCUUCCGUUCUCAUCAGGCUACGCAUAUGUGGCAAUAAAAAGUCCUGGCCACAAACACGUAGAUUUUAUGGCAACUGCACAUGACGAGUGCGGACGAAUGUGCAGGCCUAUGUGCAGACUAAAAGAUUCCCCCGACUACACCCCAUGUACCGGGCACAUGCGCAUAAGACCCAAAGAUAAUGAUAUGUAUGCGUCUACCGUGGCAGAUGCAAUGCUUAAAGUAUGGAAGUUCGAUCAGGAUAAAAACAUUAGCCCAAUGUCAACAGACACUUCUGUCCACCUUAGCUUUUUAUGUGACUCCUCCUCGGGGAAUCCAGGGAAGUUUACAACUACCUGACAUUAAAUUUCGCUAUAAUUGAACUUUCAGUGUACUGAUUCAUUGGGAUUGGUGAAACCAUUUCAAAUAAUAGGAAAACGCCUUUGUUGUCCGUGUUGCUAUACUGUUAGGUGUAAUUGCUCGACAUUAAAAUCAAGGUGAACUGUAAUAUAUGCACCAAG